AUGUCUGCUUCCUCACUCUCGCCCGCGUUCUCCAGGGCUGUCGCCUCCUCCUCCCGGCGCACGCUUUCCACUAGCCAUGCACUCUUAAGACCGUGCGCUAGCGCAUAUUCGCGAGCGGUAGCCUCCCGAACGCUUUCGCGACGUCACUACUCUCAAGACCCGAAGCAAAGUCCGAAUCCCACCCACCAGACCUCGCUGGGGGGCCGGGACAAGGCCGCUCUCGGGGUCUUCACUCCGCUCACCGCAGCGCUGUUUGUCGCCACCGGCGUCGGGCUCUACUUCUACUUCCAAUACGAAAAGGAGCUGCUGCAGGAGCAACGCAGAAAGGAGCGCGAAGACCAGGCGGUCGGUAGACCGAACGUCGGCGGUCCCUUCACGCUGACCACGCACAAGGGCGAGACGUUCACCGAGAAGGAUCUCUUGGGCAAAUGGAGCCUCAUCUACUUUGGCUUCACGAACUGUCCCGACAUCUGCCCCGAGGAGCUCGACAAGAUGAGCGCAGCGGUCACCAAGCUUGACGCAGAGUACGGCCCGAUCACCCAGCCCAUCUUCAUCUCCGUCGACCCCGCGCGCGACAGCGUGCCGCAGGUCGCGCGCUACGUCGCCGAGUUCCACCCGCGGCUCGUCGGCCUCACGGGCGACUACCAGACGCUCAAGGCGACGUGCAAGGCGUACCGGGUCUACUUCUCGACGCCCCCGGACGCGAAGGCGACGGACGACUACCUCGUCGACCACUCCAUCUUCUUCUACUUCAUGGGCCCCGAUGGCAAGUUCGUCGACGCGUUUGGGAAGGCAACGACGGAGGCGGAGGUCGUCGAACGCGUGAAGAAGGAGAUUGCGCGGUGGGAGGCCGAGACGGGGAAGAAGGCGUAG